UUGAGGAAUUCCAAUUUUCCAUAAUUCCAGUCCGUUCCCGAUCGCAGAGAGGGCGCAUGCCGAAGAGCGGGCGAGCCGAGUUUCCCGACCGUUUUCCAGCUUUUCCGGCGGCAGUUUCUCUUCGUUCGCACGGCCGGUGGAGUUCCCCGUGGGUCUGUGAUGUGUCCUGUGCAACUUUACCGGCGUCUCGUCAGCGGCGGCCCGCCGACUUGGUCCGUGUGACAAUUUUGACGUCGCGUACGAAGUGUUGUGCCUACCCUGGAAGAUGUGAUCUGGUGUUUGGAGACAGUUCUCGACUUUUCCUUCAGCCAUGCAUCUGCUCAGUGGUUUUCUUCGACCCUUGUUUCUCGUCUGGUCUUCAGUUUUUUUCACGUGGAUAACUUGCAUAGACGCAGACGUCGGUUCGAAAAAAUUUCGGGACUUUCUCCAGGAAUGGCCUACACCGGGCACAGGCCCGUAUUUCGAAAUGUCGGAUUCAAAUGUGACAGGACUCGUUGGAAAGACAGUUCUACUACACUGCCGCGUCAAGAACCUAGGAAACAGAACGGUGUCUUGGGUGCGUCAUAGAGACAUCCAUCUUUUGACAGUUGGCCGAUAUACUUACACCUCAGACCAGAGAUUCGAAGCAGUCCACACACCACAUACCGAAGAAUGGAGCCUGAGGAUACGGUAUCCACAGAAGAAGGACACCGGUAUAUACGAGUGUCAGAUAAGCACCACCCCACCUGUAGGCUACCCGGUAUAUUUAACUAUAGUUGAACCAAUCACCGAGAUCAAGGGCAGCCCCGACAUCUUCAUCAACCAGGGCUCCACCAUAAAUCUUACCUGUCUUGUUAAGUACGCUCCCGACGCAGCUCCCACAGUGGCGUGGGCACAUAAUAAGGCUGUGAUUAAUUUCGACUCGCCCAGAGGGGGCAUUAGUUUAGUCACCGAGAAGGGACACAUCACCACCAGCAGACUCCUGAUCCAGAACGCGAGGCAGACCGACUCAGGCCAAUACAGCUGCACUCCGUCCAAUGCCAAAUCGGCUGCUGUCCGUGUACAUAUCUUGAACGGGGAACAUCCUGCAGCGAUGCAUCAUGGGCUCGCCUCCACGACACGCCUUUCCCGUGUGCUCCUGCUGCUGGCCCUCGGACCCACGACCGUCCUGCUGUCCCACGCUGCGCGACUCACGGCAGCGUAACAAGAAGGACGACCUUGGCCUGCUACCGGCAAUUGACAGUACGGCUGAGUUAUGUGCUCGCGCUAGUUCGGACGUUUCAAUGCGUUGAGUUCGCGGGCUACGGAGACGCCCGAGGUUGGCUCUCGCUGCUGGCUUUAAGGGUCGGCAUACGCGCGCGGAUUUGUGGGACGUGCGUGAGUUGGAUCGUGGAUGUGUGCGACGUUGUCGAAUUUUGUGGUUUUUUAAUGAGAUAUUCGAGGUUUUUCAUACAAUGAGAGAUGGGUAACUGGCGUUUUGGUAUCAACGCUUUUUUUUGGGUAAUUUCUGAUGGGCAGAUUCUAAUACAGUUAUGAGAUUAAGGGUUCCAAAUGCAUCGUUAUUGAUAAAUUCAAUCCAAGAUACGUUGAAAACUCACAGGAAUUCUGUAUAAUCUAAUAAUUGACAUUUUCGAAUGGUUUUUUAAUUAAUUGCCUUG